AUGAUUUGGUAUGUGGCCGCUUUGAUAGCAAGUCUGAUCGGCAGCACCCGGGGACUCGCCGCCGCCGCCGCCGCUCAAGGUGCCCACGGUUUAAGAGAGGAACCCGAGUUUGUCACAGCUCGUGCUCAUGAAAGCGUCAUUCUCGGAUGUGAUGUAAUCCAUCCGCUGACGGGCCAACCCCCUCCUUAUGUGGUUGAGUGGUUCAAAUUUGGGGUGCCCAUUCCCAUCUUCAUCAAGUUUGGGUUCUACCCUCCUCAUGUGGAUCCAGAAUAUGCUGGCCGUGCUAGCCUACAUGACAAGGCCUCUCUACGCAUCGAACAAGUUCGCUCUGAAGACCAAGGCUGGUAUGAAUGCAAAGUACUCAUGUUGGAUCAGCAGUAUGAUACUUUCCAUAAUGGCAGCUGGGUGCAUCUCACCGUCAACGCUCCUCCCACCUUCACAGAGACUCCCCCCCAAUACGUAGAAGCAAAGGAAGGGGGCAGCAUUACUCUAACUUGCAUGGCUUUCGGAAACCCUAAGCCGACCGUCACCUGGCUGAGAGAAGGAGAACUUUUGGGUGACAGCAACAAAUACCGGGUUUCUGAUGGGAGUCUGACAGUGACGUCCAUCAGUCGCGAUGACAGGGGUGCUUACACCUGCCGGGCCUAUAGCAUUCAGGGAGAGGCUGUGCACACGACCCGCUUGCUUGUCCAAGGGCCCCCUUUUAUCGUUUCUCCCCCGGAGAAUAUCACCGUUAACAUCUCCCAAGACGCAAUGUUCACCUGCCAGGCAGAGGCCUAUCCAGGCAACCUGACCUACACUUGGCACUGGGAAGAAGACAAUGUGUACUUUAAGAAUGACCUAAAACUAAGAGUACGGAUUCUGAUUGAUGGGACGCUGAUCAUCUUCCGAGUCAAACCGGAAGACGCCGGGAAAUACACCUGCAUUCCAAGCAACAGCCUCGGCCGGUCCCCUUCAGCCUCUGCCUAUCUGACUGUGCAAUAUCCUGCCAGGGUGGUGAACAUGCCACCCAUCAUAUACGUUCCAGUGGGGAUUCAUGGAUACAUCCGUUGCCCGGUUGAAGCUCAGCCACCCGUUUCCUUGGUCAAAUGGAACAAAGACGGACGCCCUUUGCACAUUGAAAAGUAUUCAGGCUGGAGUCUUUUGGAAGAUGGUUCCAUUCGAAUAGAAGAAGCAACAGAAGAUGCUCUUGGCACCUACACCUGCGUGCCUUAUAAUGCCCUGGGGACUAUGGGCCAAUCGCCCCCUGCCCGAUUGGUACUGAAGGACCCACCCUAUUUCACGGUGCUACCAGGCUGGGAGUACAGACAAGAGGCAGGGAGAGAACUCCUGAUUCCCUGUGCUGCAGCAGGAGACCCCUUUCCUGUCAUCACUUGGAGAAAGGUAGGGAAGCCUAGUAGAAGUAGGCAUACCACCCUUCCCAGUGGAAGCCUCCAGUUCCGAUCUCUCAGUAAGGAUGACCACGGAGAAUGGGAAUGCGUCGCCACCAACAUCGUCACAAGCAUCACGGCAAGCACACAUCUGACCGUCAUUGGUACAAGUCCCCAUGCCCCAAGUAAUGUGCGCGUUGCCGUUUCCAUGACCUCAGCCAACGUUUCCUGGGAACCUGGCUACGAUGGCGGAUAUGAACAGACAUUCUCAGUUUGGUACGGCCCUCUGAUGAAGAGGGCACAGUUUGGACCUCAUGAUUGGCUGUCCCUUCCAGUACCGGCUGGUCCCAGUUGGUUGCUUGUGGAUAACCUAGAACCAGAGACCGCCUACCAGUUCAGUGUCUUGGCCCAAAAUAAGCUGGGCACAAGCUCCUUCAGUGAAGUGGUCACCGUAAAUACUUUAGCAUUCCUUGUCACAACACCAGAACCUCUGGUGCUGGUUACUCCACCAAGGUGCCUAACCGCUAACCGGACGCAGCAAGGUGUUCUGCUGUCAUGGCUCCCUCCAGCCAAUCACAGUUUUCCGAUUGACCGGUAUAUCAUGGAAUUUCGGGUUGGAGAAAGAUGGGAGAUUUUGGAUGAUGCCAUCUUAGGGAGCGAUAGUGACUUUUUUGCCAAGGAUUUGACUCAGGACACAUGGUACGAGUUCCGAAUUUUGGCUGUCAUGCAAGGUCUAAUUAGCGAACCCAGCAAUAUUGCUGGAGUCUCUAGCACAGACAUAUUUCCGCAGCCAGAGCUGACUGACGAAGGAUUGGCGCGUCCGGUGUUGGCGGGCAUUGUUGCUACGAUUUGUUUCCUCGCUGCCGCCAUUCUUUUCAGCACGUUGGCGGCCUGCUUUGUCAACAAGCAACGCAAACGGAAGCUCAAACGCAAAAAAGACCCUCCUCUCUCUAUUACCCACUGCAGGAAGAGUCUAGAGUCUCCGCUGUCUUCUGGCAAGGUGAGUCCCGAAAGCAUCCGUACUCUACGGCCCCCUUCCGAGUCAUCCGAUGACCAAGGUCCAUCUGGCAAGGAGAAGGAGCUGUCCCUUUACAAGAGGACCAAACGGGCUAUCAGCAGCAAGAAGUACAGUGUUUCCAAAGCUGAAGCUGAAGCUGAGGCCACCACUCCCAUCGAGCUCAUCAGCCGUGGGCCAGAUGGCCGUUUUGUCAUGGAUCCUUCAGAGAUGGAGCCCUCGCUCAAGUCCCGUCGGAUCGAAGGCUUCCCUUUUGUCGAGGAAACAGACAUGUACCCCGAGUUCCGCCAAUCGGAUGAAGAAAACGAUGACCUUGUGAUGCCUCCUUCCGUUGUGGCCCUCAAGUCUCAGUUGACGCCUCUUUCUUCCAGCCAGGAGUCUUAUCUGCAGCCACCAGCAUACAGUCCCAGAUUCCAUCGGGGUCUGGAGGGAACAGGGGCCCUUCAAGCCACUGGUCAGGCCCGGCCCCCGGGCCCCCGGCCAUUCCACCAUGGCCUAUAUUACGGUUACCUCAGCAGCAGCAGCCCCGGUGAGAUGGACCCUCCACCAUUCUACAUGCCAGAGGUGAGCCCUCUCAGCUCCGUCAUGUCCUCCCCUCCCCUGCAUCCAGAAGGACCUUUUGGCCACCCUACCAUCCCUGAAGAGAACGGAGAGAAUGCUUCUAACAGCACACUGCCCCUGACUCAGACUCCAACGGGAGGCCGGUCCCCUGAACCGUGGGGCAGGGCCGAGUUCCCUUUCAGCGGCCUGGAGUCCUCGCCCAUCCUCUUUCCUCACCAGCUCCAUCCGUGCGAAAUGUCCGAGAGCAUGCCGCCCCAGGCCAGUCUUCCGAGGGGACCUCCGCCUUCCUCCCUUCAGGUUCCUGCAUCCUACCCUGGCAUUCUGGCUCUGGAGGCACCCAAGAGUUGGGCUGGCAAGUCACCCAGCAGGAGCCAACCUUCCAUGAUGCCCACCACAUCCACCACCCCUAAAUGGCAGGACAAACCUAUGCAACCAAUGGUGAGCCAAGGGCAGCUAAGACAUACCAGUCAAGGCAUGGGAAUACCGGUGUUGCCUUACCACGGGCCAUCCGAGCCAGUUAGCCACAGCAGCACAAGCACAUUUGGCCUAGACACAAGGUGGUACGACCCACAACCAAGACCUCGGCCAAGCCCUCGGCAAGCCAGGAGGGUGGAGCCCAGUUUACAUCAGGUGGUGUUGCAACCGUCAAGGCUUUCACCCCUGACUCAAAGUCCCCUCAGUUCCCGCACCAGCUCCCCAGAGCUGACGGCCCGUGCCAGACCACGACCCGGCCUCAUCCAGCAGGCAGAGAUAUCGGAGAUCACCCUGCAGCCCCCAGCCGCAGUCAGCUUCUCACGCAAGUCGACGCCCUCCACCGGUUCUCCCGCCCAGAGCAGUCGCGGAGGGAGUCCCAGCUUCCGACCAACGAUGGCCUUCACUUCUUUGGCCACCGGCUUUCCUCCUUCUCAUUGCCCCUCCAUGCCCAUGGAAUCCAUGGACGUCUUUGGACAGAUCUCCUCGCCAAGGAGGACUGGGGAGGAAACCCAUAGGCCAGAGCUGACACCGACAACCAGUUCAGGAAGACGUCCAUCACCAACCCGGAACGCGGCCGCACCUGAGAGGCUCGAAGCUCUGAAAUACCAACGGAUUAAGAAGCCAAAAAAGUCGAAAUCCAAAAAACAAAGCAAUGGUUCUGCCUCCCAGGUUCAACAACAUCCUAACUCUCAGGUACUGUGGCCUGACGAAGCUGUCUGUCUACGGAAGAAGAAGAGACACUCUCGCCAGGAUCCCUUUGCCCGCCUUUCUGCCCUAAAGGAUGACCUCUGUCACCGUCAGGUUCCCGAAGACCAGACAGCCAUUCUGAACAACGUAGACCAUGACGAUUCCAGUGGGCAUGCGACCUUACUUUAGAAUAGCACCAGCCAGGGGGAAGAGGGAAAUAAGGAGAAGAACAGAUUAGAUCUCUCUGUGGUCAAAUGCGUGGAAGGAGAAGUUGAAGCACAGGUUGGUGUGGUUUAAACCUUCAGGAUCCAGGCUCCGAUCGGUGAGGCGGGCUGUGAUGAUCACACGUGACGUGUGACUCUGGCGUGAUCUGUGAGAAGAUAAAAUCCAGGGGGAAGUCCUUGACUUUUGUGAGGAGCGAGUUACAUCUCCUACAUAGUCUUCUACUGUAAUGUAAUCCACGAGGAGAAGAGAUAUCAAUAGUCAACCGGUGGGAAGGCGAAAAGCAAAUGUCUCAAUUUAACCCUCUUCGUCCUCUUUUUAAGCUUUCUCUGGCUCACUUGCGGAGGUGGGCAAUGAAGAGAUAGGCGCUGUUUGGUCAGAACUGGGUAACUCCCUGCUCUCUGCUGUCGCUUCAGCUUGUAUACUUUCUGGAAGGGGAAUACGACCGAUCGAAUUGUACAAACCCGCUUCUCCCAAUAUUAUUUAUUCAUAUAUAUGAGAUAUUUCUGUAUUCGUAUAUAUGAAAAAGAAACCAUAGAAGCAAGAGACGGUGUACAUUUGUGUAGCGUUUAUUUAGAAUUCACUAGAGAAAGAAAAUGCGGUAUUAGUUGAGCAAAUUGGUUGGCAUAUUAUUGGAUGCAGCAAAACUACUGAGAUUUUGAGCUGAGAUUUAUGAGCGCUACGACUUGUUAGUUUUUUUUAUUUACUAGCGUGUUAUUAGAAAUUAUCCAAACACACCAAGGGGGCAAAAUAAUAAUAAUAAUAUUCUGCUUGUUUCAACUGUCAUACCUCUUUGAUGU